AUCUCUCGACCAAAUGUAGUGGAUGAAGGCAUUUUAGAAAUGGUCUGUGAAAUUCCCUUCGUACCUGCCGACUCUGUGACAGACCUACUACUAACAGUCUAUCCACCGUUAGGAGGAGCAGUCGAGGGUGAAGUUCCCUUCAUUGCGUUCAAAGGAGCAGUUUUCAAGGACUACGAAGACAUUGUAUGGACAAAAGCACACUUGCUUCCAGUGUGGGCAAAUCCAAGGUCUCGUAAAAAUGAAUUUGAUUGUCCGGAUGGGGUCGAUAUUGAGAAGUACUGUAAUUCCUUUCUCGCCAAGCUGCAAAUUGCGGAGAAGCCAUCGGUAAAUCUCGUUGUUAGUCAUUGCCAAACCAUCUGUCUCCAUUAUGAGCGAAAGUACAACAUGAGAAAUGCUCCAGCUGAACAGUGUUCCGCGUUAAUAAGGGUCAUGGAAAGUAUUUACGCAUUUCUUCAAGAAAACGCAACCGCAGACAACGAAGUGAAGAGGCUCCUUGAAACUACUCGCUGCAUUUUAGUUGAACAAGGAAGUAAGUUCAUUCCGCCCAGUCAAGCAGUCCUUGAGUUGUACGAGGGUAAUGAAAUAAAGCCAUAUCUUUACCGAAUUCCCCCAGAGUUUGGCAAGUUACAUGGAUUCUUUGAGUACCUGGGUUGUUCCAAGACUGUCAGAGCUACUCAUUAUGCUAUGGUUUUGGAGAAGAUGGAGGAAAGUUGCCCAAAUGCUAAAUUGCACCCAGAUGAAGUCAGAAAGUGUUCCAAGGCGGUGAGAGGUUUCUUUGCAAAGCUUGAAGAUGAUCCUGAUGACGCAUCUACGAUCUCUAAUCUGUACUUACCAGCAAUAUUUCCGGAGAUUCCCUCCUCUGAUAAGCGUCCAAAACAAAUCCGUGUGACCUUACAAAAGUCCACGGAGCUGGUUUUCAAUGAUGUUCCUGCCUAUAGAUCAAGGAUCGCGGGGCUCAACAUACGUUUUGUACUUGAGCUCAACAGGAUGUACGUCAGACCUAAAUCUGCCUUGAUCAACUACAGAGAGCUAAUGAUGAAAUUGCCUACACCCAUACAACCAGUGAUGUUGUCCACUCUAGUAAAAGAAGUCUUAACUGAUGGCACAGUAGUGACAACUGGAGCUGUGAACGCAUUGAGGACGCGAAUUUCGUCUGUACAGUUUGUUCGUGGAAUUGUCAGAAUUAUUCGACAUGUUAACGCUCAGAGGGAAGAUUUUGAUGAAGGAACAAUUGCAAAUGUCGAAAGUGGUCUUCGAAACAUAGAGCUCUGUGCUGUAGAAAGCCUUAAAACCUCACUCUUUCACAAUCACAACAAUGAACUCAUUCCUGGAAGCGAAAAAGAUGUACCUUACUUUCAAGAGAAAGUAAUGGUGUCUGGCGAGGAGAAAGUGAGGGUGUAUUUGAAAUCUGUAACAGGAAUGGGCGACGCAGUUUCGGUCACAUCCUUGAUAGCACAGGCAAUUGUAGAGAUUUAUGGUGAGUUUCUGGGAACGAAAGCAGUCUUAAUUCCUGAAAUGUUGCUUUGUCCCCCUGUUGACAUAUGGCCCAUGCUUGAUAGAGCAGAUAUUCGACAAGAUGACACCUGCGAUGGAACAGAAAUAGGUAUCUAUGCAGAACCAGGUGGCUUUAUUCCAAUCGAGGAACAUCAUCUGCUGAAUGACGCCUUUUUAGAAUUUGAACCUGGAGAAUAUGUAGGUUAUCAGUUACACGACCCGAGUCUUCAACUCGAGGAAGGGGCCGCCACGUACAUCUACGCGGUGAUUAUUGACGAAAUUGACGUGAUUGAUGAAGAUACAGUUCUUCUGACAAAGAUGUACCUAAUCGAUAUUGGAAACGACGAAUCACUAGAGGUCAAUGCUGCCGUCUUGCACAAAUUCCACCGCAUACAGGAGAUAUCUGCACAGGAAAGAGAACGCCCCAGAAACAGAAAUAGAGAAGUUAUUUUUGGAGAGAUAUCAGAGCAACUGGAGGAUGCAUGGAGACUACCAGAAGAACAGAGACGACAAAUCGUCAAGCGGCUUAUUCUACGUUGGCACCCAAGGAAGAAUUUGGGAGAUGAAGAAUUCUGCUCACAGGCGUUUGAACACAUCAAGAAUGAACUGGGCGGCUCUUACGACGAACAUAUUGAUGCCUGGGUAAGACGUGUAAUAGAGCAUGAAACGCAGCGUGAGGAGUACAGAGAAAGGCUCGCUAAUUCGGACGAGUCCUGGGAAUCGUCAUCAUGUCACAUUCCUCCAAGGUUCUGCAUUAAAAAUCCUCAGCCUGAUGAGGCUAAGCGUUGGUUCAGACAGGCGGAAGCUGACCUUGCAGCCGGUGCAAAUGAAAUUGAUUCCAGUAGGCCUUCUUAUGAGUGGGUAUGCUUUAAAUGCCAUCAGGCAGCAGAGAAGGCACUUAAGGCGGUUCAGUACUCAAUAGAUGCUGACAACGUGACUAGAGACCACUACUUGGUUGAGAAGUGCGAUGGUUUAAAUGACUCCGAGUUAACCAGGUUAGCCAGCAGUCUACAGAGACUUGUCGGUGGUUCGGCGCGCAUGCGUUAUCCAGAUCAGAUGUCCUUCCCCGAGAUCCCAAACGACGUUUACUCGGUCCAGAUGGCUGAGCAGGCCUUACAGCUUUCAGAGAAUAUUUUAAUGCGAGUCAAAGACAGGAUAUCCUAAGGGUGUGGCAAGUGCUUGGACUAGCUGAGAAUAUUCAAGGAUACAUUUCAGAUGCUACUCAAACUGCCGAUGUUCCUCGGCAUGUGUUAAUCAGGGGAUGUUAACUUAACCGAACAAUUUAGCUUUAAAAAAAAAUCAAGUAAUAUAUGUAGAGUGAUCCAAGUUCUGAUGGGGAAAAAAAAAUUCAAACCCGUGCAUGUUCUCUAGCGUGGAGUUUAAGGUUGCAGUAAAUGCAUAUUUUUUUUUUUACUUCUUAAAUCUGUAAAAAUUUUCGAGAGCAAAAGCAUGAGCAAAAGCAUGACUACUGAGCGUUGCAAUAUUUCAUUCUUAUUCGGUGAACAUAGAGCUUGUUUGUUUGUUUGUUUGUUUUUCUCAGAGAGACGAUAUUAGCUUAGUUUGAGUUAUUUUAUACCGUUUAAGAAGGCAAAGAAAUCUUGCCUCUAACAGAAGUUGCGUCAAUGCAGGCAAAUAGGCCGGCGCUUCCAUAUUGACAGUGGCCGGCGACAUAAAAUACCAUUGCCUGUCAGCCGUUGCAUUUCGUAUUUAUCUUUUUUAGCCAAGUUAAACUUGUUGACCAGUAAGAUCGAAGGCAUAGUUUUGAACGUGUCCUAGGCUUGCCUUUGAAUCACAGACUAUUUAAAAACAUGAGCCUUUAGGAUUCUUGAACCAAUAGCUCGAUUAUAUUCUAAGUUGUGAGUCAGGAAUAAACAUAGGCGCGUAAUUUUACUGUUACCAAAGCUCUUCCUACUUUCAAACACGAACCUAAUUCCUAUUUACUCGUUAUAGAUACAGUUUGCUACGUAGUUAAUUUUCAGUAGAAUAUACGAAGUUAUUCAUACUUCAGAAUACCUGAAGUAAAAUGUAAAUGCAAGAUUAUAGAAAUGCUGUAAUUGCUCAAAAUAAGCUUGAAUGAAUGCCUGUCAAACAGAGAAAUCAGUACAGAUAGUUAAAAGGUAAAGAGAGGUACACCUUUCAGUUGAUGGUAUAAAUAUACAAAUAUGUUCUAAUUUUCAAUGGCAAUUUUCAAAUAGAAAAUAGUUUUAUACUAGCAAAUGUUUGGAGACGUGUACCGUUAGUCUACAUCUCUUAGUUGUGUUUUUAAGUGAUGUUGUAGUCUUUUUGCAGCGGUUUCGUUAAAACGCAGUGCCAAAGCGUUUUCGGCGGUUUUGAUGUUCCCAAGCUAAAUAAGCUCGAGCUAUUUUUAAAACAAUGAACUUGUUUAGGCUGCAAUACAAAGCACACAACUUCGAAAGCUUAAUUCAUUUUUCCCUAGAGAAGC